GCAAAGCGUCCUUAGCGAACGUCACGUCCGGUGUGAACAGCCGGCAGGAUUGAAGACUCACUGAACUCAGAGUUGCUGCUUAUUAGUCCUACUUUUGUUUUAAUUCGUGCCGUGACAAUGACUUUCGAUGUGCGCAGGUUGGAUAUCUACAGGAAAGUGCCCAAAGACCUCACCCAGCCCACAUAUACUGGAGCUUUCAUUUCGAUCUGCUGCUGCAUCUUCAUGAUGUUCCUGUUUCUCUCAGAGCUGACGGGAUUCAUAACCACAGAAAUAGUAAAUGAACUGUAUGUGGAUGACCCUGAUAAGGACAGUGGUGGGAAGAUAGAUGUGAGUGUAAACAUCAGUUUACCAAACUUACACUGUGAUUUGGUGGGUUUGGACAUUCAAGAUGAGAUGGGCCGUCAUGAAGUGGGACACAUCGAAAAUUCAAUGAAGGUGCCCCUCAACAACGGUUAUGGCUGCCGCUUUGAAGGAGAAUUCAGUAUUAAUAAAGUUCCUGGAAACUUUCAUGUGUCAACACACAGCGCCACCGCUCAGCCUCAGAAUCCUGAUAUGACACACCUCAUCCACAAACUGGCCUUCGGGGAGAAGCUGCAGGUGCAGAAUAUCCAGGGUGCUUUUAAUGCUUUGGGUGGAGCCAACAAAUUGGAGUCCAAUGGUUUGGCCUCCCACGAUUACAUUCUCAAGAUCGUCCCAACGGUCUACGAGGAUCUGUCAGGAAAGCAGAGGUUUUCUUACCAGUACACCGUGGCAAACAAGGAGUAUGUGGCAUACAGCCAUACAGGACGUAUCAUCCCAGCUAUCUGGUUUCGCUAUGACCUCAGUCCAAUCACAGUGAAGUACACUGAGAGGAGACAGCCGCUCUACCGCUUCAUUACUACUAUUUGCGCUAUUAUCGGAGGCACAUUUACGGUAGCGGGCAUCAUUGACUCCUGCAUAUUCACAGCAUCGGAAGCCUGGAAAAAAAUCCAGAUCGGGAAAAUGUCCUGAGUUUGACUCGAGAUCUACCUUGUUUUAUUUAUUCCAGCCAAACCUCUGUCCCCGUACACUACACCCUCUGUUUACCCACACUGGAACACAUUGUCCUGUGGUUGAUUUUCUUCAGUAUGCACAUUAAACAGACACUUCCUGCUUUUACAACAGUAAAUAACCAGGAUUUUAUUUGAGAUGUAGGUGAUUUCUCUGCUCGUCUGACACAUUUCAUUCACAAACAUGAGGCAGUGUUUAUGUGGUAAGUACCUCCUUUACCGCUCAUAUGAAGGACUUCAGGGUUUCCUCCUCUCGUGCACCCGAGCAGAGAGGUUUAAAGGAACGGUGUAUAGUGUUCUAUGAGAAAUAUUUUGUCACUUUAGAAUGAUUAUGAAUUUGUUUGAACGAAAUUACACAAUCAAUUCUCCAAUCAGUUUCUCUGGGCUUUUUACAAUUAAUUGUUAUUUUACAUGACAUGGAAAUACCAAUUAUUAGCAUUUAGUUAACUGAUGUGAUAUGUGCCUUCAUACUAGACAGCUUUUUUUUCAUCUCUGUUAAAAUGAAUCGUACAACUAUCAUCAUGAACUCCAUGUCCUGUCUUUUAUACCAUAAGCAAUGAACAAUUUGGUUUUUGAGCAGGACAUGUUUUCAUGGGAUUCAUCUGUUGGUUUUUAAUGCGGUGUAUGAUGUGCUUGUAAUCAUUCAGAUUUAAUCGUGUAGUUGAUUUAUGGUAACUCAAUAAGCUGGGUUUUGUUUCUUUCCAUGUUACAUGUGUUUUUCCUGUUUGUUUUUUAUAUGUAUACGUUAUUUUAUGUAGUUCUACUUGGUAUUCAGUUAAAGGGAUAUUCUGGGAAUGUUCUGUGUUUUUCUACCAAAACAGUCUUGAAUGAAGGUUUUUUUAAUUAUUUUACUUCCUCUUUAUUGUUUAAUUUUAACCUUUUGUUUUGGAAAGUAAGUUGACAUAGUGUUAAAUCUCCCUAUCAAGUGUUUAUUUCGGAUCGGUUUUUGAGUAUUUGAUGAAUCCGGUUGAACCUGUUACACGGGUAACACUGAUUGUUUUCAGGUUCACAUACGGGAUGUUUUGUUGCCAGUAUCACAGUUUACAUGGCAACAGAUGUUCAUUAUCACUACAGCGACAACAUACAACCGCAACCUACAUUUCAACUUUCAGUUUCUCCAUUGAAAUCUGAACAUGAUUGUAAAUCGUAUACUUUGUACAGUUAUUCUUUCAGUUAAAACUCAUUUAAGUCUCUGUUAAUCUGAGCAGCAUUACAAUAAAAUCAUUACUGUGAGUUA